AUGGAAGAGGCACUGGUAGAAGAACCACUAGUAGAACUAUCUGUGGAGGAACCACUUAUAGAAGUACUUGUAGAUGUGCUACCUGUGGAAGAGCUAGUCGUGGAAGAGCUGGUCGUGGAAGAGCUGGUCGUGGAAGAAGAGCUAGUUGUCGAAGAGCUAGACGUGGAAGAGUCUGUCGUGGAAGAACUAGCUAUAGAAGGACUACUUGUAGAAGAACUGGUUGUUAGAGAGCUAGUCGUGGAAGAAGAGCUGGUCGUAGAAGUGGAAGUCGUAGAAGAGCCAGUUGUGGAAGAGCCAGUUGUGGAAGAGCCAGUUGUGGAAGAGCCAGUUGUGGAAGAGCCAGUUGUGGAAGAGCCAGUUGUGGAAGAGCCAGUUGUGGAAGAGCCAGUUGUGGAAGAGCCAGUUGUGGAAGAGCCAGUUGUGGAAGAGCCAGUUGUGGAAGAGCCAGUUGUGGAAGAGCCAGUUGUGGAAGAGCCAGUUGUGGAAGAGCCAGUUGUGGAAGAGCCAGUUGUGGAAGAGCCAGUUGUGGAAGAAGAGCCAGUUGUGGAAGAGCCAGUUGUGGAAGAGCCAGUUGUGGAAGAGCCAGUUGUGGAAGAGCCAGUUGUGGAAGAGCCAGUUGUGGAAGAAGAGCCGGUUGUAGAAGAUCCGGUCGUAGAAGAGCUAGUCGUAGAAGAGCCAGUUGUGGAAGAGCUAGUCGUCGAAGAGCCAGUUGUGGAAGAAGAGCCGGUUGUCGAAGAGCUAGUCGUCGAAGGGCCAGUUGUGGUAGAGCUAGUCGUAGAAGAGCUAGCUAUAGAAGAAGGGCUACUUGUAGAAGAACUAGUUGUUAGAGAGCUAGUUGUGGAAGAAGAGCCGGUCGUGGGAGAAGAGCUGGUUGUGGAAGGAGAUCCGGUCGUAGAAGAGGAGCUAGUCGUCAAAGUGGAAGUCGUAGAAGAGCUAGUCGUGGAAGAAGAGCUAGUCGUGGAAGAAGAGCUAGUCGUGGAAGAAGAGCUAGUCGUGGAAGAAGAGCCGGUCGUGGGAGAAGAGCUGGCCGUAGAAGAGGAGCUAGUCGUCAAAGUGGAAGUCGUAGAAGAGCUAGUCGUGGAAGAAGAUCCGGUCGUAGAGGAUCCGGUCGUAGAAGAGCCAGUUGUGGAAGAAGAGCCGGUUGUAGAAGAUCCGGUCGUAGAAGUGCUAGUCGUCGAAGAGCUAGUUGUAGACGAGCCUCCCGAGGGUGCGGAAGAUGGGCCUGUGGAAGAGCUGCCCGUGGAAGAGCCAUCUGAGGACGAGCUAUCUGUGGCUGUGGAGGAGCCGCCCGUGGAGGAACUGCCUGUCGAGGGACUGCCUGUCGAGGGACUGCCUGUCGAGGGAUUGCCUGUCGAGGAGCCGCCUGUAGCUACAGAUGAGCCACCUGUGGAAGAACCGCCUGUGGCUGUGGAAGAACCAUCCAUAGAGGAGCCGCCUGUGGAGGAACUGCCCGUGGAAGAACCGCCUGUGGAAGAACCGCCUGUGUAG